UCAUCAGCAACAUAACAACAUUUAUUUCAAAACAUCCCUCCAAAUUUUCCUGUCUCCUCUCAGAUCAGGUGGUGGCGAACGGGGUGUCAAUCAUCUCGGCCGUUUGUGCCCGCAUCCGUCCGGACAUUCCAGUUGAUCAUGAGUCACAUCUCCCAAUUCGAAGCCGAUCAAUUACGGGCUCAACAACGAGGCUGGACGAUCGACGAUUGGGAGCAGUGUGAGCGGGCGCUGCCCGACUUAAAGGAGCCCACCCCAGGCAUAGGCGGGGUGCCCACUCCGGGCACCCGUCGAUGGGCUCGAGCCAGCUACCAUUUUGAGCUGAAAACCCCGAGUCGACAGGCUCGAUUCCGGGGGCGAGCCAAACAGCCCUAUUCACGGCGCAUCUCAUUCCAUCCGGAUUUGCCCGUGGAUCUCGAGGAUGAAGCCCAUCAGGCCGCGACUCAGCAUGUUUGCCACCGAUCCUGGCGAGUCUUUCACGUCAGCCCAUUGUUCGACUUCCACUACGACGAAGCUUCUUUAAGUAAAUGGACUGUCAGCUUGGAAAAAGACCUUUGGAGUUGCUUCGGUUUAAAAGGUCAAGGGGAUUGGAAACGAUUGAAGGUUUCGGUGAAAGCCCUGCCUGGGCUUAGGGGCUCCUCUGAUGAUGAUCAAGCUCUGCAGAUUAAAGCUCACACACAUCGAGGUCAAAAAGAGGCCUUCAAAAUCUUUUUGCUCUCAGUGGAUCGACAGGAAAAGUUGGAGCUGAAUGAUAAUUCCAAGGCCACAAGGCUUCCGGUUAUGCUCACAUCAGGCACGGAUGAACUGAUCCGGAUUUUUCGACGAAGCCUUGAGAAACAUUACCAUUGUGUGACAGGUAUAGCGGUAUUCACUCAAGCCGAACUCAAAUGGAUGUCGGCUUUGUGGAUUGAUUUGAAGCCCGAGGGAGACGAGCUCAAAAAGAGGCCUAUGUCACUUCGGAAAUCAAGUCGGAAUAAACAUGGCAAGGAUUUCGAACCAAAUGAUGAAGAGCCAGCCGCUGAAGAUGAACGUGAAGAAGAAGAAGAAGAAGAGGAGGAGGAGGAAAAUAAUCAGGAAAAGGGCAAGAUCAUAGUGAACCCCAAAGUGAACUUGACCUUUACUUUACACGAGGAAUCGAAAAAUAGUGGGAUAAAGAAAUUUGUGUUAAAACUUCAGCAAAGUCAUUUAGUGGAUCUGUGGCGGAGUAUUCAUGAUGACACCGAAUAUUUUGCAACCAUGAUUGAGGUUCAAGUUUUUCAUCAAGCCUUGAUGGAAAAAAUUCAGAUCGAACUCGGAGUGGACUUCACAAAGUUGAAAUUGUCGAGGAUUGAGCUACCGGUUGUCACUGUGGAUUCAAAUAGCCGCGUCACAAUCCGAAGCGCUCCACAUGUGAAAACUAUUCUAAGACUUUUUACGGAGCUCUGUCAGAUGAACAUCACCUCGCAUUGCCCCAGAAUUGGAAUUCCAACCGACGAGUCCUUCAUGAUGUGAAUAAAAGAAGAAAGGAACACGAAAAAACGAGAAAACGAGCAUCCCAAAAAUUGGUUAUUCCCAUCCCAAAAGAUAGCGACCGUGUGGUGAAUGUACUCUCCAUAGCCUAAACCCAAAUGAACUGCAAAAAGAGCGCAGGUUUCAGACUUAUUUCUAUUUCAAUAUGCCACAAACUAACAUUGAAACACUAUAGCUAAAAGUAAACUUUAGAAAUACUCAUGAAAUUAAACAUUUCCAUUUUAGUCGACAGUUUGCACUGUA